AUGUUGGAUGGUAUCCCCCACCUGCUAACACUGGAUAAAAUUGAUACCACCUGGAUGCUCAUCAAGCAUAAGGUUAUCGAGGAGCACUUUGGGCCCAAUAUAGUGGCAGUGCCUUUCCUGUCGGAUGCAGUCUGCUAUGACCUACUGGGUGUGCUAGUUAAACAGUCCCACGCAGACCACACCCGCCUACCUUUACCAGUUCGGCAGGGCCGGUGGGUGCUACAACCAGUGGGGCUGCUACCAAACCUCCUGGAGCAGACUGGGUCUGACGGUACCUGUGCCCACUGCACUUGGGAAUACUCACCAAAUGGCCGAGCAGAGACAGCCUAUGAAGAAAUGCGACUGUUGGAUGGGCAGCCCUGCCAGAUCCGCCUGCACAUGGGUGGCCUGCGCAAGAAGGUAACCUUCCUACUGCUGCCACCAGGGCAAGUGAGCCUACAUCAGACUCUUCCCUGGCUCCGAAACCACAGCAUCUAUGUCAUCUACCAGGUCUUCUCCUGUUCCUGGCUGCAGCGAGGGCUGCUACCUACAGCCCAUGAGGCCCAGCAGCUGGUACAAUGGUCACUGCCUAUUGCCUUCUCCUGCCUCAAGUUUUCACUGCAGCCCAAAGGAGUGGUAGGACCACAGAAGCCCCUGACCAAGGACCCACUGCCCCACGGGGCCAAAUGGGUUAGACCCAACUUCAACACCAUGCCACCUCUGGCCCCAACUCAAGCCCCAGCCAAUACCUCCAAAGUUGCUGAUAUACCCCCACCUGUCCUGGCCCCACCACCACCACCUCCCCAGGAAGAGCCAGAGAACAGACUCACCAGACUCUCCUACAAAGGCUGAAACCCCUUCUGAAGGGGGUCCCAGAUGUUGUCAGCAGAGAACUGGCUCUUCAACCCCCGCAGUUCCCCACCAGGAGCCCAGGGCGUGGGCCCUAGGGACCCUGACCGGCACUCCAUGUCCCUGCCCCUGCUGCAGGGUCUGUCUUCAGAGUUCGACAGCGACGACUGA